AUGUUUUACUGUAAAUAUAUGUUUAUUAUUUUAUUCUUAUUAACGAGAACACAAAAACAAAUUAGUCAAGCAGCAGAAUUACAAGCUAUUGAGCAGACAGGAGCGGUUACAGAAAUCAUUCCACCAGUUACAGUCAGUGCAUUAGCCGAUUUCGAAAGCAAUGGAGAAACUACCACAGAAGUUGCGGUGUUAAAGCAAGAAGAAGCCAGCGAAGGAACUUCGGCAGUAGGAACUACAGAAGUCGCGGAAAUGGUUGACUCUGAACCCGUUUCUGAAGUUAUUUGCGCGGUAUGCAACUGCAGCGACAGUGUUGUGGAUUGCAGUGGCAAGGAAAUCCGUACCUCCUUCGAGAUGACUGACUGGGAGGGUCUGCAAGAAUUCAAACCAGUUAAUGUUGACCUUAGCAAUAAUCACAUAGGUACGUUAACGAGAAUCUCAAAAUUGGAUACCUUGAAAUACUUGAAUGUGUCGAACUGCGAACUGCUAGGCAUCGAACAUGCGACCUUCAGUUAUCUACAGGAUUUAGUUAGUUUGGAUUUAAGCAGGAAUCAAUUGUUAAGUUCCUCAAUCAACAAAAGGGUGUUUGUGGGUAUUAUAGAUCCGAUCCUAGGUCUUCUACCUUUCUCAAAACUCCGGUAUUUAAGUUUGGCCAACAACGAAAUCCAUUCGCUUCCACAAGACGUGUUCCUGUUUAUGAAUGAACUGACAACCCUUGAUUUAAGUGAUAAUCCUAUGGCGUAUAUCGAUCAAGUAACAAUGGGAGCUAUCACCGAUUUGGACGACCUGCAGGAACUCUACCUUCGGGGCUGUGAAUUAGAAAGUCUUCCGGAAGGUUUCUUUAGAAGGCAGCGUCGUCUCGUGAAGCUGGAUCUGAGCAAUAACAGGUUUACCACCGUUCCUACCGUACUGGCAGAAGCAGUCACUCUGAAGUAUCUGAACUUUGGCAGGAAUCCUGUUGGAGCGCUGAACGAUACCUCGGUAUUUCCAAAUCUGAUUAGGCUGCGAGAGCUCCGCCUAUGUCGCAUGAGUAAGCUGCGCUCAGUGUCUGCCCGCGCUCUCGGAGGUCUCAAGAGUCUGGAAACAUUACACUUGUGCUCGAAUCCACGUCUCACCGAUUUGGAUCCUGAAUUCUUGACGUGGACGGAGGAUGAAGUAGAAAUGUGGCCGACUUUGAGAGAGCUGCGUCUCAACAACAAUAAUCUGUCGACAAUCCACUCGAAUUACCUAGCCCGCUGGGACCGACUGAACACCUUAGACUUCGGCAACAACCCCUAUAUCUGCGACUGCCGGAGUCAAUGGACUAUUGACGUGCUCAUACCAAUUAUUCUCAAAAGUUCCCAUAACGAGACUGCCAGUCAUAUGAUCUGUAAAAUGCCUUACGAAACCAGAGGUCUAACACUGGUCCAGUUGUUUGAGACAUCGAAGAAGCUCUCUUGCCUUGAAAACGAGAGCCUCAAGGCAUCCCCUGGGCCGGACAUGGCUAUUCUACUUGGAAUCAUGAUUGGUAUAUUCGUAACAUUCCCUAUAGUUCUAAUAGUAGUCUUGCUGUGGAAGAGAGGGUUCUUUGCACGCUGCCGUUCGAAGACCAUUUACAAGGAUGACGACGAGGAAUCGUAUCCACUCUGA